AGAGUCAACAGCCUCGCACUGAUGAAAACGACGGAAAAAGGGAAAGGAGGUCGUUUCCCAAGGAGGACGCAGUGCUUGACAUGGAGGGUACAGAAUGGUAGAGGAGGGGGAGGAGAAGGGGGAGGAGUACGGGGAGGAGGAGGUGGUAGAGGAGGGGGAGAAGGUGGUAGAGGAGGCGGAGGAGGAGGAGGGCGAGGAGGUGGAGGAGGAGGCGGGGGAGGUGCUGAAAAAACAAGUUAGAUUUCGGCAGGAGAGAAGACAGAACACGACAAAACGUCGUCGAUGGAGCCUGAUGGUUGGGAGGAGGAGAGAGGGUGAAGAGGGGAUAAGCUCCACUCACCAAAACCGGUUGAUCACAAGGAGGAUUCGCGGCGAUCGUGCAACGGACGCAAUAACGGCGAGCGCGACACCAGCUGAGUUCGGUGUGGCACGGGCAGGGGCCACCGCACGGCACACGGCACGGCACCGCACGGCGCACGGCACGUCAAACGGCACGGCUCGGCUGAUAGUAAGCAACCUCCCGGCAGGCGGUUGAUACGAACGAAAUAUUGCCUUCUGCACUGCUGUUCGGCCGCAGACAAGUACUUCGAAGGGUCACGAAAUGGGCGUUAGCUACCCCACGGCAAUCGGAGCGA